ACACAAGGGAGUUAUUUACAUCCUACUGCUCAAGGUCAUCGCCAAGGUCUAAUUGCAAAAAUUCAAAAAAUUGCAACCUCAGGCAUAAAUGGAUUAAGGGAAAAGCCCGACAAUUACACCGAAUGGCCAACAUCAUAGGACUCCUGCAAUCCAGGCCAUCGCAGGCCAAGGUUUUUGAAGGAAGCCCUCAAAGAAAGGAAGACCCUUUUAUUAUCUGGAUUCGUAGAGUUGGCGCAGGGAAUAGCUAAACUGGAAGUUAGAGCUGGGAUCUAGGAAACUCCAGAAGCUUUAAUCACAUUAAAUUGGUCCAUUGUGAGGAGCAAGUCGGGAGAUGCAGUAUUUAUGAGAGAGAAGAAGCCAGCCUUGGCCAUCAGUGAUGGUGAAAGCAACAGAUGUCAGCCCCUGGCUUCCUGCCUUACCGUAGAGGGAUACUCGACAGACUGGACAGAUCACUCAUGCUGGGGAAAGCCAGGUGUCAUGUCUUGGGGAAUCCAGGUGUUACGUCUUAAGGACAGGCUGGCAGACCUGUGUAUACGCCCAUGUAGCGAGAAACUAGACCCUCAGCUCAAGACACUGAAAGAAACCUCAUGAAACAACUUGAAGCUCUGACCCUGAACCACCUAGCUAAACUGCUCUUAGAUACCUGAUUCUCAGAUACUAUUGAGAAAAUAAACAAUAAUUAUUUUAUGUUGCUA